UGCGGGCCGGGGCGGGCGGGCCCAGCCGAGCGGAGCGGAGCGGGGCCGGGCCAUGGCCUCGGAGGAGCUGGCGCAGAAGCUGCAGCGGCGGCUGCAGCUGGAGGAGAGCGGGGCGGCGGCCGAGGCCGAGGCGGCGGGGUCCGAGGCGGCGGAGGUGGGCGCGGAGGCGGAGCGGAGCUGCCUGACGGCCAGCGCGGGCGCGGAGCUGAGCGCCAAGCUGUGCCGGCGGCAGGACAUCAACGAGGGGGCGGCCCAGCCCCGCCGCGCCGCCGUCUUCAACCCCUACACCGAGUUCAAGGAGUUCAGCCGCCGGCAGAUCAAGGACAUGGAGCGCAUGUUCCGCCUGUACGACUCGGGACGGGAUGGGUACAUUGACUUGAUGGAGCUGAAGCUGAUGAUGGAAAAGCUGGGAGCCCCGCAGACCCACCUGGGGCUGAAGAACAUGAUCAAGGAGGUGGAUGAGGACUUUGAUGGGAAGCUCAGCUUCCGUGAGUUCCUGCUGAUUUUCCAUAAAGCAGCAGCUGGGGAACUCGAGGAGGACAGUGGGCUGUUGACCCUCGCGAAGCUCUCUGAGAUAGAUGUCUCCAUUGAGGGAGUCAAAGGAGCCAAGAACUUCUUUGAAGCUAAGGCUCAAGCCCUCUCUUCAGCCAGUAAGUUUGAAGCAGAGAUAAAAGCUGAGCAGGAUGAGCGAAAGAGGGAAGAGGAAGAAAGGAAACACCGCCGAGCAGCUUUCAGGGAGUUAAAAUCUGCAUUUACCCAGUAACCAACCAGCCAACAUGCACUCCAAGGUUGCACAUGACUUGGUAUGUUUCCCAGACCAGGGAGAGAACUGCCUGGAUCCUGCCUAAAACUCGUUACAGCUUUGCUAGCCUUCCUCUCCUGAAGAUCCUCCUGAGUUCCUAAGGGCACACCUCUUGCAGUUAUGGUGCAUUCACAGCAAUGUGAGUUGUAAGAGCUGUGUCUGUACUGUCUGCUCUGAACUGCCAGCAGCUCAUCACCCUGAAGCAGAAACAGCAGGGAGCAAAUAAUGGGUGAGCACUGACAAGUGCUGUGUUCACCUAGUUCAUUCUUACCUUCAUUUCUGUACAUCCUUUUUCUCUUAAUUCCCUAUGAAUUCAUUCCUUGCUUGCAGGCAAGUAGCGAGGUCUCGUGUAAAUCAGGGUGUACAAAGCACAGCUCAAUGUCCUGUAUGUUUGUACUGCUGUUGGGUGUUGUCACCCAUCCUUGACUAGCCCUCUUGUUCUUCCUUAACCCCCCUGCCACUGGCACUGUGAAAACACUGUGAAGAGAGAAAGAUAGUUACUAGGGACAUGGAUCAAAGUAAUGAUUUCCUGUAGCUUUUCUACUGGCACCCAGCAUGUUGGAGAGUCUUCCAGUCCUUCUUCUCUGAAGUGCCAUAGUAACCAACCUGUCCAUAAAAGGUGAGAUUUCCCAAGGCUUCCAAGAGAGGAAGCUGGCUCUCUUUUAAAUGAGGAAUAGCAAACUGAGUUGCCUGACCAUGGAUCUUCUUUCACAUUCCAUCCCAUUCGGUGUACUGUAGGGCCUCGCUGGCUUUUCCAGCCUUAGGCAGCUGUAUCUGUUUUUAAGGGAUAUUGCCCUGGACAGUGCAAUCAGAGGGUACACUGGGAUGUGCUGUUUAGAAAUUUGCUCAUGCCCUGAAUCAUGAAGGUGACAUUGUUUGAUUUCGUUAGAGCCAUGACAGGUAACCCCAGCCCAGCACACUGGGCAAUCUGCUCAAGAGGGAAGAGCAGUGAGGUCAGCAUGUUUAGCUGCACUGAAUUGGGAAGGGCUUGCACUGUAUUAUUAACUAUUCUCUUUUGCAAACACAGGAAACUUGCCCACAAAUGUUUCAAUGCCUGCUGCCUGUCUGGGUAUAUGCGCUGUAGGUCAUGGCAGGGGAGCUGUGUUCCCCCAGAGACCUCUCUCAAAACAAGGAUUUGCUCGGAUCCUCUCUCUGCUGUUGCCCCAGUUCAUGCAUUUAUUUUUUUUCUUUUCACAACUAAACUCACCAGUCAAUUUUUUCACUUCUCUCUUUUUGCUUCUUAAACUGUGAGCACUAAACUGUGAGCGUGGAAUAAUAAAUAGAAAAACCUCUACUCUUUAAUGUCAGGUGAAAGAAUUGCUAAACAAUUAAACUGUGUAUAUAUAUCUUCACAGAUUAUAUUUUAUAAAUCACGCUUUUUUAGCUAAAUAUUUAUAAUUAAAUGUUUUUAUACUUUACAACAAAGCAGAUAAUUUCAUCUUCCAAUUAUUUCUCCUGUUGCUGAAAGGUACAAAUAAAGCAUUGUUAUCUCUGG